AAACGGCGAGAUUAAACGGCAAAAAAGCUGCACACGACACGAACGCGACGAGCAAAGAGCAACUCCUCCGGCGAACCGAACCCUCCUCGGCUUCUUCGCCGAAUCGCCCGCCCGCGCUUCUCUUCUCUCUCCUCUCCUCUCCUCUCCUCUCCUCGCGGCGGCGGCGGGAUCAGAUCGGGCGGCCCGCGAUGUGGCGGCGGCGGGGGGCGCCGUCUGGGAUAGGGCUCUGGGCCGCGCUCCUCGUCGCGGCGGCCGUGCUGGCGGCCGGUGGCGGGGCGGCGGCGGCGGCGGCCAAGGACGAGGCGUACGUGACGCUGCUGUACGGGGACGAGUUCGUCCUCGGCGUGCGGGUCCUCGGCAAGUCCAUCCGCGACACGGACACCAGCCGCGACCUCGUGGUGCUCGUCUCCGACGGGGUGUCCGAGUACUCGCGGAAGCUGCUCGAGGCUGACGGGUUUAUAGUGAAGCAUAUAACAUUGCUGGCUAAUCCUAAUCAGGUAAGGCCAACAAGGUUUUGGGGAGUUUACACGAAGUUAAAAAUAUUCAACAUGACAAGCUACAAAAAAGUUGCUUACCUCGAUGCAGACACCAUUGUUGUGAAAAGUAUUGAGGAUAUUUUCAACUGUGGGAAGUUCUGUGCAAACCUGAAACAUUCUGAAAGGAUGAAUUCUGGAGUAAUGGUUGUAGAGCCAUCUGAAACUCUUUUCAAUGACAUGAUGGACAAAGUAAACAGUUUACCUUCUUACACAGGAGGAGAUCAAGGUUUUCUCAAUUCAUACUAUGCUGAUUUCGCUAAUUCUCGUGUUUAUGAACCCAAUAAACCUACAACGCCUGAACCUGAGACUCAGCGCCUUUCCACCUUGUAUAAUGCUGAUGUUGGUCUUUACAUGCUGGCCAAUAAGUGGAUGGUUGAUGAGAAAGAACUUAGGGUCAUUCACUACACACUUGGGCCUCUUAAGCCCUGGGACUGGUGGACUGCUUGGCUUGUUAAACCUGUGGCAGUAUGGCAGGAUAUCAGGAAAAAUCUUGAGGAAUCUCUCCCUGGAACUGGUGGAGGGAGAAAUCCUCAUGAUCAAUCAGUGGUCAAAAUUCUUUUCUCUCUCCCUUUAUUCAUGCUGAUCUGUGGUUAUUAUGGUUCAUGCUUUCAGACUAAUAAGGAGCUGCUGUGUAUAAGAUCUCUGUGUGCUUUUGCUCGACGUGCUCGCUACAAAUACAAAUCAGAGGAAGCGCUUCCUUCUUAUUCAACAAUUGGAGCUGCUUCAUCGUCCUUUGGUAUAUCACAUCAAAAGUCACAUAAUGGAGCACAUCUGAAGCUGCCUUCUUAUUUUGGUGCCAUCACCGUACUAGUCUGCUUCAUUUCUGCUUUAAUAUCUCUUGCCUUUGCCUUUAUUAUUAUUCCACGGCAAGUGAUGCCAUGGACGGGUUUGCUGCUGAUGUAUGAGUGGACCUCUGUGACGUUCUUCUUGUUGUUCGGGAGCUACCUCCGUGUUGUAUACAAUUGGGGAAGUUCUAGUGCAAAUCAUGUCGGGCAUAACAAUUUAGAUUCAUCAGAAAAUCAUGCUGGUGCAGGACUUCAGCGGAAUACGUCGGACUGUGACACAGAUGCAGCUUUCUAUUGGUCAGGGAUGGCUAUACUAUCUAGUAUAGCAUUAUUAUCACCAACAGUCCUGGGAAUAACUGCUCUUUUUGCAAAGCUUGGGUUGAUGGUAGCAGGUGGCGUGGUGUUGGCAUCGUUUAUGACAUACGCUUCGGAGCAUCUAGCUAUCUCGGCCUUUGUCAAAGGCCAAAGAGAUAGGAACGCCUCGAGAGGUAGCAUUUGUUUUAUGUGCUAGUCAUUCUUUGACCGCGGCAAUUUCUUUCACCUUGUGUCCGAAAUGUGCCUGUUGUAAUUUGUAUCAUAAUGUUGUAAAGGAAAAUUUUGAUGAUUUAUUUAGUAGAAAAGGUUGUCAGAGAAAAGAACUGUGAUAUGUUUAAUACUAGAACACAUUGCCACCUCUGGCUGCAGUUUUGGUGAUUCUUGAUUUGAAAGCUUGAGUACUAUCGCUUAA